CCUCUCGUUAGUUCCGCUGUGGCAGAACAUGGCGGCUGUCAACAGCUGCUUCUGUGAGACAGGAGAGGGCUAACAGGAUUUUUUUUGGACCGGUUUGUUGUGUUUCGAUUUGAUGUCGACAGCAAAGUAUAUUUAGUUUAAUUAGUUUGUGACUCUAACGCGCUGAAAGCCGCUUAUUGCAUCUGGAAACCGAUUAUCAGUUUAGAUGCGAGGACAGCCGAGUCCACUAUGAGACCUGCAUGAGUCUGAUCUCUGUAUGACGAUGGAACCGGUCUGACCUGGACUCAGCCCGACAUGGAGAAGUUUGGGAUGAGUUUUGGCGGCGGCCCCAGCAGGAAGGAGCUGCUGGACACCAUCGAGUCUCAGAAAAAGCAGCUGGUCCAGUACCAGACCCGCUUUAAGGAUGUAGUCCGGGCCUACAAGAGCCUCCUGAAGGAGAAGGAGGCUCUGGAAGCCAGCCUGAAGGUUCUGACCGUCACCCAGGACCUGGACAUUAAGCAGCAGGAGCCAGAUGCAGCCAGGCGGCUGGACCUGCUGGACGACGGUUGCUCUCUGCACAGCGAGGACAGUGUGGACACAGCAGCGUCUGUGGACACCACCAGUGAGACCAACAGAGGGGAGCAGAGUGAGGAGGACCAGGGGGAACCGGGCCAGAGGUCCGACUCUACGCCUGAUGCUGACAGCGGCAGCGUGGAGGCGGAGCAACAUCAAGCUCCUCCCCCCUCCAAUGUGGAGGCCGAGCGCCGUGUCGCCCAGCUGAAGAGCCAGCUGAGCACGCUCACCGCUUCGCUGUCCACCGUCUCGCAGGAGAAAUCCCGCAUGGAGGCGAGCUUCCAGGCCGACAAGCGCCAGCUGAAACAGGAAGUGCAGGAGCUGCAGGAGCGUCUGGCCGCCGUGACGGCGGCGCAGGAGGCGGAGCUUCACGCCCUGCAGCAGCAGGUGGCGGAGGGCCGCGCUCGCAUCAUCACGCAGCAGCACGAGAGGGAGCAGGAGCAGGGGGACCACGUCCAGCAGCUCAGGGAGCUGCAGAGGCUCCUGCAGCAGGAGCGGGACCUGCGGCAGGACGCCGAGCUGCGCCUGCAUGACGCCAGCGCCGCCCUCCUGGCCUCGUCGCAGGCCGUGGACCGGGGGGCUGAGUCAGAGGCGCAGCUGAACCUGGUGAGGGAAGAGAGGGACGAGCUGCGGAGGAGGCUCCAGGCGGCGGAGGAGGAGCAGAGGAAGCCGGACCCCAGAGUGGAGGAGCUGCAGCAGGAAGUGCAGGAGCUGAAGAACUCCUUCCAGCAGCAGAUCCACAACGAGACCAAGAAGGUUUGCGAGGCAGAGGAGCGAGCGCGAGAGCGCGCUCAGGCUGCAGAGCUGCGGGUUGCGGGUUUGGAGCAGCGGGUGUCUGAGCUGUCGGAGCUGCUGGGUUCCUGUGAGAAGGCGAAGCAGCGGGACCAGCAGGCAGCUCAGAGGCUGAGGGACCGGAUCCUGCAGCUGGACACCGAGAACAAGACGCUGGCCAUCGCCGCCUCCAGCAGGUCCAGCACCGACCUCAACGACGAGUCGCAGCUGGACGUGGCCGUCCUGAAGGACAAACUGCAGACGGUGAAGAAGCUGCUGCUGCUGGCGACUCAGAGGAACCCGGACCAGAACAUCCAGGAUGUGGCAGACGCCGAGGACAGAACCGCAGCUCUGCAGCAGCAGGAGCUGCAGCAGCUGCGGGACGAGUUUGAGCGCUACAAGCUGCGCGCCCAGGUGGUUCUGAAGAACAAGACUGCUAAAGAUGGCUGCCAGGCCAAGGAGCUGGAGGAAGUCCGGGAUCAGCUGGCGGAGCUGCGGGAGAAGUACAUCACCCUGCGGAUCCAGAGCGACGAGGCGGAGGCGCGGCACCGCCAGCAGCUGGAGGAGCGGCAGCAGCAGGCGGCGGCGCUGCAGCUCUCCCACAGACAGGAGCUGGAACGAGGCGAGGCGCAGCACCGCGACGAGCUGCAGCGGCUGGAGGUGGAGCUGCACAAGCACCGGGAGAGAACGAUGGCGCUGCUGGACGAGAAGGACCAGGAGCUGGAGAGGCUGCGCGCCGCCGUGCUCACCUGCAGCCGUGACUCCAACGACCCCGCCGCUGAUGGUCUGCAGGAAGCUGCCGCUGGCACCUCCGACUGCGAAGGUGACGCGGUAAGCGAGGCGCUGCGGCAGUCCACGCCCACUGAGUCCACACUGCUGCUGUACGCCGAGCAGCUGGCGCGUAAGGAGGUGGAGACGGGCGGCCUGCGGCGGCAGAAACAUCGCCUGGAGGAGGAUCUGCACCAGCUGCAGGCCCGGCUGAUCGCCAACGCGGAGCGGCACGAGGAGGAGACUGCAGCGCUGCAGGGCCGCCUCGACAAGCUGAUCCGGGACCAGAACCGAGAGGGAGCCAACUUGGAGUACCUGAAGAACGUCAUCUACAAGUUCCUGACGCUGCAGGACAGCAGCGGGCGGCUGCAGACGCUGAACGCCAUCCUGACCAUCCUGCACUUCAGCCCACAGGAGAAGCAGGACGUUAUAAAGCUGCAGGGGCCCGCCUGGUGGGGCCCCGUGCGCAGGUGAACACCUGGAGAGACGCAUGAGUAAUUCCAUACAUAUGACCAUGACUGGCUCACUGUGACAACUAUUAAAGCUCUAAUCCAGCAGAUUGUCUUUAUAUUUUGAAUUAAUUGGAAAAUAAACUAUUUUUUGUGUGAGAUUGA